CCCGCGCACGCCCCUAUCCCCUCGCCCCAGGUGAGCCCCGGGGUCUCAGGUAAGGCUUGGCGAUGCAGGUAAGAUUUCCCUCAGCGGAGAUGAGGCUCAGCGCCUGCAGGUAAAAACCCCUCUACUCCCUAGGGGAUCCUCUUCCUUUGGGGAGGCCUCCUGCCUCCUCCAGGUGAGAGACCCUUUCCCCAAACGAAUUCCAUAUACCCCACAUUUGACCUAUCACUAGUCCAAAUAGGGUCCCAAGGACCAGUCAGUUUCUUAUCCCCCCCCAUAAUGCCUCAAAACUGAAAACUGGCAGCCCAUCCACUCUGAAGCCCCUUCUUCCCGUUUCAGAUGCCAGCUCAGCAAGGGUGAGGCCAGAAGCAGGUGGGUGACUCACCUAGAGCUCCUCCUAGCCUCAGUUUCCCCGCUGAUGCAACCUGAGGCCUCCUCAGUGAGUCAAAACUGAGAUGACUCUGAUCCCUGGCACUGGGCUCCCUCUGCUCCCCGUGGACCGCUCCCCGCGUGGGGCCACUGCCCUUGGCCCCCGCCAUGGUGCGGAUUUCAAAGCCCAAGACGUUUCAGGCCUACUUGGAUGACUGUCACCGAAGGUACAGCUGUGCCCACUGCCGUGCUCACCUGGCCAACCACGACGACCUCAUCUCCAAGUCCUUCCAGGGCAGUCAGGGGCGUGCCUACCUCUUCAACUCUGUGGUGAAUGUGGGCUGCGGGCCAGCAGAAGAGCGGGUGCUGCUGACAGGUCUUCAUGCUGUCGCUGACAUCCACUGCGAGAACUGCAAGACCACUUUGGGCUGGAAAUAUGAGCAAGCCUUUGAGAGCAGCCAGAAAUACAAAGAGGGGAAGUACAUCAUUGAACUCAACCACAUGAUCAAAGACAACGGCUGGGACUGACCUAGCUCCUGACUCAUGUGGCUUCAGCCUGGCCUGGCCGCCAGGGGGAGCCACUGGUCUCGCUCCUCCUGAAGGGAGCUCUGGACCCUCAGGGUCCCCACAGGGGAAGGAUCCAGCUCCUGUACAUAUAUUUUAUUGCAUGCACUGUGACCUUGGGGGGAGACAAGGAGGGGGAUUGUACCCCCGGCACCUCCCUGCGAUCUGACUGGCUUGGAUCUCAUUUUUUAACCCCUUCCUGUCUUGCCUGUCCCAUAGAUAUGGCCUGUGUGCUGCUCUCAUGGCCCCGGUGCACCAUCUUUCUGUGAAUCUCUCCCACUGGAUCCCUCUUACCUGCAACGUGUCUGUUCUCCUUCUGUAGCGUUUGUAAAUAAUAAAACAAUGGAAUGGAGACA